CCACCCCAGCAGCCUUUGGCUCCUCUCCCAGGUGCGGUGCUGGAGCCAGAUGCCGGUGGACUGCCAAGUGGCCACCAGGGGGCGCUGCGGCAGCCGGGGCGGGGGGCAGAGGGCACGGGGGCUGGGCUGGGCUCCGUUCCUGGAACGGGCCAGGAGGGAGGAGAAGCGAGCGGAAGGAAGACGGCGGUGUGGAGGGCCGGCCAGUCCGGGAGGCAGCCUCUCCAGUGGCCAGCGCGGGCGUCCUGGGACAGUAGCUGCAGCGAGAAUGGCCGCGUGUGCAGAGGCCCCAGAACUGGUCUACCUGGUCACGGGUGGCUGUGGAUUCCUGGGCGAACACGUGGUGCGAAUGUUACUGGAGCAGGAGCCACGACUCCGUGAGCUGCGUGUGUUUGACCUGCGCCUGAGUCCCUGGCUGGAGGAGCUUAAGACAGGGCCGGUGCAGGUGACCGCCAUCCAGGGGGACGUGACCCAGGCUCACGAGGUGGCAGCAGCUGUGUCUGGAGCCCACGUAGUCAUCCACACAGCAGGGGUGGUGGACGUGUUUGGGAGGGUCAGCCCCGAGACCAUCUACAAGGUCAACGUGCAGGGGACGCAGAACGUCAUUGAGGCUUGUGUGCAGAUGGGGACCCGGUUCCUGGUCCACACGAGCAGCAUGGAGGUUGUGGGGCCCAACAUCAAAGGCCAGCCCUUCCACAGGGGUGAUGAGGACACUCCGUAUGAGGCUGUGCACAAGCACCCCUACCCUCAGAGCAAGGCCCAAGCCGAGCGGCUGGUCCUAGAGGCCAAUGGAAGGGAGGUCCGCGGGGGCCUGACCCUGGUGACAUGUGCCCUCCGCCCCACGGGCAUCUACGGUGAAGGCCAUCAGAUCAUGAGGGACUUCUACCGCCAGGGCCUGCGCCUGGGUGGCCGGCUCUUCAGGGCUGUCCCAGCCUCGGUGGAGCAUGGCCGGGUGUAUGUAGGCAAUGUGGCCUGGAUGCACGUGCUGGUGGCCCGGGAGCUGGAGCAGCGGGCAGCGCUCAUGGGCGGCCAAGUGUACUUCUGCUACGACCAGUCACCCUAUAAGAGCUACGAGGAUUUCAACAUGGAGUUCCUGGGCCCCUGUGGACUGCGGCUGGUGGGCACCCGCCCACUGCUACCUCACUGGCUGCUGGUGCUCCUGACUGCCCUCAACACCCUGCUGCAGUGGCUGCUACGCCCACUGGUGCUCUACGCACCUCUGCUCAAUCCCUACACGCUAGCCAUGGCCAACACCACCUUCACUGUCAGCACCAACAAGGCUCAGCGCCAUUUUGGCUACAAGCCCCUGUUCUCGUGGGAGGUCAGCCGGGCGCGCACCAUCCUCUGGCUGCAGGGCAAGGAGGGCUCAGCCCAGUGACAGUGGGGCCAGCUCCCAGGCCAGGGAGGGGCGGUUUCCUUUCAGAGCUGGGCGCUCUGUGCAGGGCUGGCUGUCCUGUGGCCUCUACACCUGAAGUCCAUAGCCUGGCAUCUGAGUUGCCCCAACCUCCCAAGUUCCACGGCAGAGUCUGGAGACAGGAGCAGCCUGACUCAGCCCAGGCCUGCAGGCCAGACCUCCCCUCACUGCCCACUGCUCUGCUUAUGGGAGCAAGGGGCCUCAGGCUGCAGCCAGGGCAAUGUCCAGAGUGAAGAGGCUUCUCCAGCUCCUCCUGCACCAUCCUCCUGCACCAUCCUCCCUCCUCGGGCUUAUCUUCCCACUGCUUAAGAAAAGGAGUAUCACCUUUAGAACGUAUCUUUAAUUCCCCUCCAGAGAGCAGAGGAAGUCAGUGACCCUCCACCCAAUUCAGGGCCUGCAGCUGUGUUGGCUGUCUGCCUGAGGAGCCCCCAGUGAUGGUGUUCCUGGCCAACCUCCAGAAUAAAAUCCUUGUCCAAGCCUGUG